UGCACGCCCCUUCCGCCCUGGGCCCGGAAGGGUGAUGUGGCUGGGCCAUCGCCGGCCUCACUAUGUCUGCCAUUUUCAAUUUUCAGAGUCUGUUGACUGUAAUCUUGCUGCUUAUAUGUACCUGUGCUUAUAUCCGAUCCUUGGCACCCAGCCUCCUGGACAGAAAUAAAACUGGACUGUUGGGUGUAUUUUGGAAGUGUGCCAGAAUUGGUGAACGGAAGAGUCCUUAUGUUGCAGUAUGCUGUAUAGUGAUGGCCUUCAGCAUCCUGUUCAUACAGUAGCUUGAAAAAAAAAUGCCAGAAUUUAAUUGCCAUCAGAUUUCAAUGUAAACAAGGACUUAUCUGCAGAAAAUAAUGGAAAGAAUGAUUAGCCCUUUUAUCUCCGAACACUGAGUGAGAUAAAUUUCUAGUUGCUGUUCUCUAUUUUUAUGUUAUUGGACCAAUGUUCUAUAUAAAUAAUUAAGAUGUAACCAUUGAAUACUCAAAGAGUUUAAUAGUCUGUAACAAUCAACCUCAAUACUGUUAAUACAAUAUUACAUUCUACAAAUGUCAUUCUGCUGUGUCAGAUACCAAUUUUUAGUGAGUUAUCUCUAAGGCAAAAAGAAAACAAAAUUGGUAAUUACUCUAGUUCCUUUCACUGUGAUUUCGAAAUGAUAAAUAUAGAAUGAGAACUUUUUGUGGACUAGCUGUUACAUUGAGGAAAAAAUUGGUUCAAUUUGUGUUGGUAAGAAUUGCAUUUAUAUUUAAUAAUGCUUGCUUUUCCUCUGGCCACAUUUUUUUGAUCAUUAACCAGAGUACCUCUACUCUUAACAAACUGUAGUUUAUUACAGGUGUUUAAAAUAUUUAAAACAAGCCUAUGCAGUUCUUAAGGAGGAAGAUAAAUGAGAUAAGUGACUUAAAAGUGAUAUUUGGAAAAUGUUCAUAUUUAAUAUAAGAGGGUUUAGACUAGCCAGUUGGCAUAGUAGCCUCUGAAACCUCCAGUCAAGUAUAGAUAUAUGUUUUAAGCAUAAAUUUUACCAGGUAGCUGUCAUUCUUUGAAAAAGAUAACAUUCUUAAAAUGAAAGAACAAAAUAGAACAAAUAUAGAAUGAUAAUUGUAUAUAUGUUUUUCAUUCUUUUUACUGUCUUGUCUUCAAACACGAAACAUUUAUUUUAAUUGCCCUAAAACAAACUGUAUUUUUGUUUUGUAUUUUGAUACAGCACUUUAAACCUAAUUUAUGUUUUGUCUGUCACCUUCAACUGGAAUCUCUUGUGUAACUUUGUGUAGGUGAUAGAGUUUUCGUAUUUACUUUUUUAUAUACUGUAGCAUAAGUGUCUUUCAGCUUUGAUAGUGAAGCAGGACAUUCAGCAAUUUUUAGUCUAGACAAGAGGAAUAUUGGAAAUGGGACAUAAAUUUUAAAACAGGGCAGUUAUUAUAAGUUUAUGGUUAACAUUGCCUACCGUUAAACUAAAAAUCAGUUAAAUUUCAAAGCUAAGAGGAGCUUAAAUUUUAGAUAAAAAUUACCUGUUAUAUUGUUCCCCCCUAUUAAUUCCCCAUAAGGGUAAUAAAAAGAAACUCUUUUUUUUUUAUUUUAAAGAAAAAUAAAUUAGAAGUUAUUUUUAAAUGAAUCUGCUAGUAGCUCUUUCUGCAGAAACAGAGUAUGAAACUGAAAACCACCUAUUUUUAAAUACCACUUUACACUUCUUGGAAUAAAUUCUAGGAAACAACUAGGUAAACUGUCCCCCUCUCCUUUUCUUCCCAAAAUAGUUGUUAUAGGCUGUCAGUAUACUUAUAUUUUGGGCAUAAAUAUAAAGCUAAUUAAAAGCAGUAUAUUUGCUUUAGACAGGAAAUCAGGUUAUGAUAAUUUUUCUCACUGAACUGCCUCUUGGGCUUUACAUUAGGUCAAGGAUUUUGAAGGGUAUCCCAAAAUUAGGACUCUUAUCAGCAUAUCCAGACAGAGUAAGUCACCUUUGUGGUCUAAUUUAUGGAUGGCCAUCUGUUGUCCAGCUCUACUGCCAACUGGACUUUACAAAAGCUAUGUCAACUAAUUUUUUUUAUAUGCUAACACAAAUCUAUUAGGAAGAGGGAAGACUAUUAUAGAUAAUCAUUUCUAAGACAUUUCUUUAAUUUGGCAUUUUGGGGGAGGUAGGUGGAAAGUAUAGGAAGAAAUUAUUUCUUUGGAAAAUUUGUGGUAACAUAUAUAAAACUUUGCUGUGUAUAGAUGCUGAACAGAGUGGGAGGCAGCAUAAUUCUAACCCCAACCAUUCUGACAUUUUGAAACAAGCUCUUUGUGAGGUGGGGGGGAAGACACAGGAUCCUAUGAAGAAAGCAAUUAGCAUUUUCUUUAAUGUGUGUGUGUGUGUUUUUCUUUCCCAAAGAGUUACCACUGAAUCCUGUUCUCUAUCCAAAGGGCAAUGUAGGUGGUUUUAAGCCCACAGAAAAUUCAGAAAUUUCCCUUGUGGUCUUGAUGAGGUGGUGGGUUGCAGAAGAGGAUUGUAGAUCAACUUAAGCAUUAAACAGACUGCCUCUGUCACACAGACUUAUUGCAGGCUGGAUGGGAAGAUGGACAUGGAAGUCCAUAGCUUGCUAGAUUAAAUGCUCUACCUAGCCUGCUUUCUGCCUUCAGAAUUUUAUUAUUCUAUCUCUCCUGGAAUUUUUUUUUUGUGCUGAUAUUUAUUUCCUGAUGGGCUUCAGAUGUGCCAGUGGCAGGGAAGUGUUCUCUUUCCAGGAAGUCUUAAAAAAAUGAUUAAAUCAACAUAGUUUUAAGAGAGCGUUUAUCCACAUAGUCAUAAUCCACAUGGUCUGUUGAAUUCCCUCUGUGGCUUAAAAAAGUUGAUUGAAGUCCAAUGUCUUGUUAAUGCCCUGUCCCACUGUGCCAGGCACUAUGCUGAAUGCUCUUACACGUUCACAUUCAAAAUAGUUCUUUCAUGGUGGGAAUAAUAGUAAUAUGUAAUUUUUAAUAGCCUCCUUCAUUUUAGUAAUAAGAUGAUUAAUCUGGUUUUAACUUGGGAUGAAGCAGAGUUUUGUUUUUUCCUUGUUUUUGGAGGCUGGCCAGUACAGGGAUCUGAACCCUUGACCUUGCUGUUACAAGGCUGUACUCUAUAACCAACUGUGCAACUGGCUAUCCUCAUAAUAAAGUUUUGAAUGAAUUAUCUUUUUCAAGUUUACAAAGUCAAAAAUGAACAGAUAUGUGCCUAGUUUUUUGAAAAAAGACUUAGCACUUGUAAAUAGAAUAUUUAUAUUCCUUUUGCCAUUCUUUCAGGAAGUAUUUAUAGCAUGCAUGUAUCAUUGAAGAUAGAAAGAUACACAGUUUCUUUCCUGUUGUAGUAGGGAAUGUAGUAGGUGAGAGAGAUGAAGUUAAGUACAUAAAGUGCAAUGUGAUAACAUUUAUUAUUGAGAUAAUCCCAGGAUUUUAGAAAAAAACAAAGAAGGGUGACUGGUCAGAGUCUGAACUUCUUUCCAGAGGAACAGUGCUUAAGCUGAACUUGAGAGAAUUGUGCAAAAGCACAGUGGUAUGUUAAGAACAGUAAUUACCUAGCUUGCUGUGCACAAAGGUAAUAUUAAGACCUAAGCCUAGAAAGGUGGGCAGGAGUUAGAUCCUAGAAGGUCUUGUAUUUUUGUCAUUCCUAUUACCUACCUCAAAAUUGAAUAUGUUUUCCUUCCUGUCUAGCACAAAACUCCAGGAAAAAAAAAGUUUCCCUUGGCAUAUGUGCAGUCAAGUUUGACUAUAUCUAUGUUCACCUUGUUUUGGAAUAGAAAUACAAUAAUAUACUCUCCAGAGACUCGCCUGAAUAGUAUAUGAGGUAGAAGCAACUAACUAUUCAGUCAUGUCAGUGUUUCUAGGAAUUCUUUUAGUAGCUUAUACCCAAUGAUGCCAAAAGCAGCCAUGAUUGUUAAAAACUACACACCUGAACAAAAAGCAGAGAUGGCUGCAUUGUCUACAUUUUCUGGGUGCACAGAGAAUAUUUCCAAUAAGCAUGGACUUGUGCUUUUUUCAAAGCCUUUGAGAAGUUACUGGAUUAUAGGAAACUGAAAACAAGAAUAGAAGAUUUUAGGGGACCGUUCUUCACUUUCUUUGGUAUCCAGUAACAGUAGAGUUUCAAAAUAUGUAGCUGACUAAUAUUAGCAUUGUGACUACUGCACACUUAUUAUUCUUAAUCAGCAAAUAACUAGUAGCUUCUGAAAAAUAUAAUUAUUUUCAUAAUUAUGUUAUUUAUACACUGCCUGCCAUGGUUUACCUUGCCCUAAAUGAAUCUCAAAAAAAUAAUCUGGAAUGCUACUCCAGUAUCAGAAAACAGUGGGGAGGUGGAAUAUAUUUCCUGUGAUUUUUAAGAGUACACAGUGUCAUCUUAAUCUCUGGUUAAGGGAUUCGUAUGUCUGGUAUGUAAUAAAAACUAAA